GGUACUGGUACUAACUAAAUUUUAGAUCAUCGGUUCCAAAUAAAAACGUCAUACCGUUUCCAUUUGAUUAACUCUCUUGAGUGUCAGCACUCAGUGUAUAUGGUAUAAGGAGUCGGAGUGGUGGUGGUAUGUAUAUAAUUGGGAUGGGGAUUUAGUUUGAUUAAAUUGGGUAAAACAAGAAGUUGGUGUCGUAUUGAAUUGAAUAUAAAGAAGAAAUGAGCAGCAGCAGCAAUAUGUGGUCAACCUGCCCAUUUUGCUUGCAACAAGUUGUUACCGUAGACCUAGAAAGGCACGCCAACAAUCACUUUGAGGAUCAUGAUCAUCAGGAGCAGGUUGACAGUUCUACUAUAACUUACGGUGGAGGAGGCACCGCCACCACUGCCGCUGCUGCCGAUAGUAAUAUCCAUUUCUUAAUCAGCUCACAGGUGAGGGAUGCUAACUUUAAGGUCAAACAGCAUGGUUUCAUGACCUUGUUGUACAACUGUUUGGAGUGUGAAUCUGGUCAAUCCACCAGUAUAUUGUCAGGAUAUGUUGAUCAUUUCCAGAGCAUAGAGUUUGAAGAUGUUGGAUGGGGCUGUGGCUGGCGUAAUAUCCAAAUGCUUACCUCCCAUUUGCUUGUUGAAAGGAAAGAAGCAAAGGAUGUCCUCUUUGGUGGAGUUGGCUUUGUCCCUGAUAUCUCUUCACUCCAAAAAUGGCUUGAAGUUGCAUGGCACCAGGGUUUUGAUACACCAGGAUCAUAUGAUUUUCAUCAAAAUAUACAUGGCAAACGUACUUGGAUUGGUACCACCGAGUGUGCUGCACUUUUCCGUUCUUUUGGGCUUCGUGCUCGCAUUGUAGAUUUCUCUAAUCUUGAUUAUGGAUCAAAUAUUGGAAAGAGAAACAAGUCAACCCAAGUUAUUGGACCAAUGGACAGAUAUUUGAAUAAAUCACCACAAUAUAUCGUUGCAGGUUCCAGUAAUGACACCAACACAUAUUUCGGAAUUCACCCUGAAAAGCGUCAUCAGCUUCUGGUCAAUUGGGUAUGGUCUUACUUUUCUGACAAUAAUAUGCUCACCAGAUCAGCCUGCAACAAAGUUGUUAUCACGGACAAAUCGCCCUUGUAUUUCCAGCAUGAUGGACACUCAAGAACUAUAGUUGGAAUUCAAAUGAAAAAUCUUCCAAAUGGGGUGAAGCAACAAAACCUACUAAUUUUAGAUCCUGCUCAUAAAACAGAAGUUCUAGAAAGUUGCCUGAGCAAGAACGUUGGAUGGCAAAGGUUUAUUAAAAGAGGUGUACACACUCUGCAGAAAAUGGAGUACCAGUUGUGUUAUGUGGAUCCUGGAAUUGCCACUGGAAUGGAGUUGGAGAAGCUUAAGACCUUGGAUAGUACCCGAUUUGGAUUUUAACGCGAAUGCAUAGCCUUAGAACAAUCUUGCUUGGUGUUCUCUUUUAGAACCCAUUGGUGUCUGUUAUCAUGAAACUUAUUUCUUAUAUUUUAUUCUGAUUUUAUUUGUUUUGAACUCGCAAACAUAUGAAUGUAGGGGAUCCACGAUUUUGAAAGUGCAUAUGUGAAGUCAGUCGUACGCUUUUUGUUUUCA